AUGACCCAGAGACGUCAGCCUGCCAUACAUCCAUUACUUCCCUCAAGUGGAAGGACGUCCCUGUGGACGAAGCAGCCUCAUUCACGGCCUGUCCUAUCCCUCUCGACGAGCGACAGUACGCCUCCUGAAGCAGAAAUUCGUGUGGCACAGCAUCUCCAGAGACGCAAAGGACUGGUUCGAUCCGUCACCGCCUGUCAAACCUCCAAAAUUCUGCGACAUACCGAAAUGGGCCCCGGAUCUUUCCACCAGCCGCAGAGGCGUUUUGCACACAUCCAUGUCGACAUAGUAGGUCCCCUACCGCCAUCAGGACAUCGUUACCUCUUCACCGUAGUGGACCGUUCAACUAGAUGGCCCGAAGCUAUUCCUAUGUUCAAUGCCAGUUCCGCCUCCUGCGCCGCCGCUCUGCUCUCCGGGUGGAUUUCGAGAUUCGGCAUCCCUGCCCACGUAACGUCCAACCGGGGCACCUCUUUCACUUCGCAGCUCUGGACAUCCCUGGGGCAGCUAUUGGGCACCUCCAUUCAUCACACCACGGCUUACAACCCGGAAGCUAAAGGCAUGGUAGAGCGUUUCCACAGAACUCUGAAAGCUGACCUGAUGUCUCGAUGUAGCAACUCAGUCGACGACAUCGCCAGACCUACAGGCCACCCGAACACCGUUACGUCCCCAAAGAUCUACGCACGACGAAGUAUGUUUUCCUCCACACCGACGCCCACAACGCCUCCCCUCACCCUUCCCUGCUCUGGCCCAUAUGAAGUCAUUGAGAGAAAGGAGAAGGCAUUCCUGCUGCGGAUCAAAGGCGCCAACGAUUGGAUCUCGAUAGAUCGCCUAAAACCAGCGUAUCUUCAUGACGACGACCCCCCUCCAGUACGGUUCUCCAGGGCGGGCCGCCCCCUCUCACAUACCAUGGGGCAUCUUCGCUGA